AUGAUUUCGAUGCCCUAUGUCAGGCGCAGGCCCGUCGUCCUCCUGCUCGCCCUGGCCCUCGCCUUCUUCCUGGUCAAAAACUUCCACCAGCCACCGUCGAGCACCAGCACCGGCACCAGCAGCACCGCAUGGCCUCCCACAGGCACCGCGCCUGCAGAAGGGCCCUUCUCCUGGGCUCAUGUACCCCAGAAAUAUGCAGUCCGGUCCAUGAUCAAGAUGCCUCGUGGCGAUCCCAGCAGCAUUCCGCUGAUUCAGCACCGUUUCUCGAACAAGGAGGGCGAGGAUGCGCGCCGUCUGCAGCUUAGCCGACUCGAGGCCGUCAAGGGCAACUUUUCUCAUGCAUGGAACGGCUACAAGGCUCAUGCAUGGAUGGCUGAUGAGGUCGCCCCUUUGUCCGGCAAGGCAUUGAACCCCUUUGGCGGUUGGGCGGCCUCCAUGGUCGACGGGCUAGAUACGCUAUGGAUCAUGGGUCUAUAUGACGAGUUCGCUGAAGCAGUCAAGGCCAUUGAUGAGAUUGACUUCAACAAUUGUACAGUGGAGGAAGUCAAUGUCUUUGAAACCACGAUCCGCUACCUCGGUGGCCUGCUGGGCGCCUACGACGUAAGCGGGCAAAAGUACCCAUCUCUGCUGCGCAAGGCAGUCGAGAUAGGCCAGAUGCUCUAUGUGGCCUUCGACACACCCAAUCGCAUGCCCAUUGCCCACUGGGACUUCAAGAAAGCUGCUGCCGGUGCCAGGCCUAAGGCUAGCGACCAGAUGCUCGUUGCCGAGAUAGGCUCUCUCACCAUGGAGUUUACUCGACUUACCCAGCUCACUGGUGAUCCGAAGUACUUUGACGCCGUGCAGCGGAUCAUGAAUGCCCUAGAAAAACAACAGAGCAAAACCAAGCUCCCUGGCAUGUGGCCAUUUAUGAUCGAUGCUCAGGCUAUGAAUUUUCGUGCUUCGAGUCGCUUUACCAUCGGCGGCAUGGCUGACUCCCUGUACGAGUAUCUCCCCAAGCAAUAUAUCCUGCUAGGUGGAGCCUCCCAACAAUAUAAGAAGCUCUACAAGGGUGCAUUUACCACCAUGGACCGUAGCAUCUUCUUCCGCCCCAUGACAAAGCAUGGUGAAGACAUUCUCUUCCCUGGCGAUGUCACUGCUAGCGAGAGCAAACGAUUGUCCGAACUUCGCCCGGAGCCUACAGCUCAGCAUCUAAGUUGCUUUGCGGGCGGGAUGGUUGGUCUGGCAGCCAAGGCGUUUCAAAACGAGAAAGACAUGGAAACGGCCAGGAAGCUUGUCGAGGGUUGUCUCUGGGCGUACGAAAAGAGCAGCAUGGGAAUUAUGCCCGAGAUCAUGGUCACCGUCAGAUGCGAGGACCGUAACGACUGCCCCUGGAACGAAGAGAUAUGGAAAAAGGCAAUCGAAGAUACGUCCUACACUGAGGGAUCAAAUAUUGACGACUUUAUUGCAGAGCACGGGUUGAUGCCUGGAUUUGUCAGGAUUCCAGACAGGCGUUACAUUCUCAGACCUGAGGCCAUUGAAUCCAUCUUCAUCCUCUACCGCCUAACCGGAGACUCCUCCCUACUCGACAGAGCAUGGAAGAUGUUCGACACCAUCGUCAAAUACACGAUCACCGACAUUGCACAUGCUGCCCUUGAUGACUGCACGGUUCUCAAACCAACCAAAUCAGACCGCAUGGAAUCCUUUUGGUUUGCCGAGACGCUCAAAUACUUUUACCUUAUCUUCUCCGAGCCGGACGUUGUCAGUCUUGACGAGUACGUGCUUAAUACAGAGGCCCAUCCAUUUCGAUACCGCUAA